CGAAGGCGGGGAGGCGGGGCUUGGAGGCGGGUUAAAGAGCGCGCCGUAGUGGGGGCCACGUGUACCUGAGGAGGUUCAAUGGCGUGGCGGGGGCUGGCGGCCGAGUUCCUGCAGGUGCCGGCGGUGACGCGAGCUUACACCGCGGCCUGCGUCCUGACCACCGCGGCCGUGCAGCUGGAGCUCCUGAGCCCCUUCCAGCUCUACUUCAACCCGCACCUCGUGUUCCGGAAGUUCCAGGUCUGGAGGCUCCUCACCAACUUCCUCUUCUUCGGGCCCCUGGGAUUCAGCUUCUUCUUCAACAUGCUCUUCGUGUUCCGCUACUGCCGCAUGUUGGAGGAGGGCUCCUUCCGCGGCCGCACGGCUGACUUCGUCUUCAUGUUUCUCUUUGGGGGCGUCCUUAUGAUCCUGCUGGGGCUCCUGGGCAGCCUGUUCUUCCUGGGCCAGGCCCUCACAGCCAUGCUGGUGUACGUAUGGAGCCGCCGCAGCCCUCAAGUGAGGGUCAACUUCUUCGGCCUCCUCACCUUCCAGGCGCCAUUCCUGCCCUGGGCACUCAUGGGCUUCUCAAUGCUACUGGGCAACUCGAUCCUCGUGGACCUGCUGGGGAUUGCUGUGGGUCACAUCUACUACUUCCUGGAAGAUGUCUUUCCCAACCAGCCUGGAGGCAAGAGGCUGCUGCUGACCCCCGGCUUCCUGAAGCUGCUACUGGAUGCCCCAGAAGAGGACCCCAAUUACCUGCCCCUCCCCGAGGAACAGCCAGGACCCCUGCAGCAGUGACCCCACCCAGGGCAGGCCAGCCCCAGGAGCCUGUUUCUCCAACAUCUGUCAAGCCUGCAUCCCACCCUAACUCCUGCUUGCAGCAGAGCAACCUGUCCUGGAGGCUGGCCAUCCGAAUAAACAGAAUAACUGCAGCCUCUUUGACCACAGCACCGGCUCCCCUUGCCUCCCUGGCCACACCCUUCCGUGCUGGGCAGAUGCUGCUGGCCCUGACUUGGGGCCACGAAGCCUGGACUUCCCUGCCCACCCUUUGCCCAGGACUGCUCUCUCAGACCAACUGUAGGUGGUAGGAUGGGAGGCUCAGAGGGUCAAAAACCUGCCCACAGCUGCCCAGCAGAGCUCUGAGCUCACAGAUGGUAGACACGGGAUUUUCAAGCCUCUCCAGUGCCUCAGUGGAGACUUGGACAAACGCCACCUGUGGUGGGCCUCUGUUCUCUGCCAGCCAGAGGGGUUGGCCAGAUCUUGGUGGCAGGGACCAGUACUGGGCUAUCUGGUUGUGCCAAGCCUGGUUUGGGGGGGUGGGGACUCCUGCCUGUGGUGCCCUCAUGAACAACAAGUGGACCUUUGCCCCGUUUCUUAGCUGAGCGACUAACAGACAAGUGACUGACAGAUGCAGCCACGGCUCCGUGAGGGAGGUCAGGUGCAGAGGAGCCAGGCUGGGCUCUGCUUCCUGUGACGCCAGAGCCUGGAGAAGUUUCCACCUUAGCACUGGCUGAGGCUGAGGACUCUGGGUGUCCUGUCCCUGCCUUUGUAGCUGAGGACCCCAGGAGCCUUAUCCAACCCACAGCUCACUUUUCUCUUCUGUAAAGUGGGCACCAGAUGGCCUGGCCAGCUUUCUUUGUUGCUCUAGACCAGCCUGCAAUACGGUUUAUUCCAGGAUGUUCAGAAGCACAGGGCUGGUCAUGUUCAUGGAAGACAGAAAUAUUCGCCACAGAGUAGACCUUGAUUUUGUAGGGAACCCUCAUGGAGCAGAACCCUCAUGGACCUGCAGCCGUGUGGGCUCAGACUGGGGCUGGUGCGCGGGCCCUUCCCAGGCCUCUCCCAGGCAGGUGGGCUCCUACCCAGUGGGACUGAGGCAGGCAGGGUUUGUUCCGUCCACCAGUUGUGGAGCCCCAGGGCUGUUUGCCCACAGACCGAGCAGACACCUUGUUAAUGGGGCCCACUAGUUUCUAAAACAACUGGGCCUAGAUUCCUCUUGGUCAAAGCCUUCCAGUGAAGCCCAGCAAGUUCCACUCCUGGAGGAAGGGCAGGAGCUUGUGGACAACCCCCUGGGAGCUGUCACGUCCUGGGACAUGCUCACAGGAACCCUGGCCCAGACAGCAAGGCCCACCUUACCCUACAUCCUGGCAACCCAGAGCCCAAUUCCUACUUAGGCUAGGAACCAAGUGCCACGGGGCCUCUGUCACACUCCUGGGGAGCAGAGCAGUCCUGACCUUCAGCCCAGCCCUGGCCGGGGAAGGAUGUGCCAGCAACUAAAGGUGGCACCAGCCCAGGGCCGGGGGUCUGGCCCACUGUCUUCAGUAAGUGCGGCUGUGUGCCCCGUUCACCAAGCAGUGCUUGACUUAGCGAGACCCACACGUGCCGCACGCCCCUUCUGUAGGGUGGGAACAUCCCCACAUUAACAGGCGAGGUGAGGGUGCAGAGGUGAUGACAAACUCAUUGAAGGUAGAGCUGGGCAGAGGCCCAGGGCGUGCCUCCUCUCCCCAUAACCCCACCCCACAAGCCACCACCAGCCAGGUGUGCUGCUCCACAUGCUAUCAUCCUCACAGCCAGCCUGGGAGGGAGGAGCUGGCCUGGGCCAGGUGCCGGCCCGGGGUGGGGAUGGGUCCCCGGCCACCUGUUAUAUGCACACUGCUGGGAGGUGUGGCUAAAUGCUGCACACCUGCUGGAGCUGGAGUAGCUGGGCACAGGCACCCAGGCUGGGGAUGGCCUUGCAGUGUCCACAGAGGAUGGGGCCUCUGCAAGGGACUCCAGAGAAGCAAUGUCCUGGCUGGGAUGGCCCGGUCACCUUGACCAGCAGAGCGAAGGGUGUGGGGGAGGGGCUGCAACCAACGGACAAGCGGGCCCCCUGCCCACUGAGCCUCAUGACCACACCUUUCAUUUCUCCUGCUCUACAGAGAUCCAAGCACGGGUGGAGGUGGGGAAGCUGGAGGGCCCAAGGAAAAGCAAGGAUUAUACUCUGCCUUGGUCCUGCAGGGGCUGGGGUAGCUGAGAGUGGAGCCAUGGAGCCCCAUCAACAGCCACCUGGGGAUCGGAGGUGGAGCGGGGUGAGCCCGGC